GGCCCAAAUUGCCAUUCACUUCCACUCACUUCAUCUUGAUGCCCGAAAUCAGUCUUCAGCAGAAUUGAUUGCAGCUCCAAUUCUUCUUCCAGCAAAACUCAAUAAUCAGAAAUCAAAGCAGAAGCAGGGGUGUCCAUCAAAAUGCUGCAGAAUCUGUUUUGGAUAAUUACGUUCCUUCAUCCAUGUCUAAAGUGCCAUUAGAACACCCUGUCCAGGCGCAUAGCACCACAAAGGUUUAGAUUUCCCAUUUUUGUUUUACAUGAUUUAAGAUUUUUGGGUUUGUGGAAAUUUUCUGGUUUUAUCCAAAUAAAGAAUGCAGAGAGCUAGUUCAAAGAAAUUCCUAGCUCUCUGCAGAAAAUGGCCGUUACCCCUUUUCUCAUUUCAUGAACCAUCAAAAAGUCGUCAUUUUUCUACCUAUUCCCAUCUGGGUUCAGCCCAAAACUCGGUAAAAUCCAGUUCUUGGAAAGAAAGUGGAAGGGUUUCGAGUGAAGCAAUAAAAGGGCAUGACUUAAUUCGCCUCAGUUCUGAACCAGAAAGCUCAAUGGACAGUAAAAGGCAUGAUGAAUUUUCUGCUGAUGUUGAAAAGAUUUAUAGAAUUUUGAGAAAAUUUCAUACUAGAGCCCCGAAAUUGGAACUUGCCUUGAAAGAAUCAGGCGUUGUUGUAAGAUCAGGAUUGACCGAAAGAGUUUUGAACCGUUGUGGUGAUGCUGGAAACUUAGGAUAUAGUUUCUUUGUGUGGGCGUCGAAACAGCCGGGCUAUAGGCAUAGUUAUGAUGUGUAUAAGGCAAUGAUCAGGAUUAUGGGGAAAAUGAGACAAUUUGGAGCUGUUUGGGCUCUUAUUGAGGAGAUGAGGAAGGAGAAUCCUCAGCUGUUAUCGCCUGAGAUGUUUGUUGUUCUGAUGCGGAGAUUUGCCUCUGCAAAGCUGGUCAAGAAAGCUAUUGAAGUUUUGGAUGAGAUGCCAAAAUACGGGUGUGAACCAGAUGAGUAUGUUUUUGGAUGUUUGUUGGAUGCUUUGUGCAAGAAUGGCAGUGUUAAAGAAGCUGCAUUGCUUUUCGACGAUAUGAGGAUGAGAUUUAAGCCAACAAUUAAGCAUUUUACUUCACUGUUAUAUGGUUGGUGUAGGGAAGGGAAGCUUAUGGAGGCAAAACAUGUAUUGGGGAAAAUGAAGGAAGCAGGGUUUGAACCUGACAUUGUGGUCUACAACAAUUUGCUUAAUGGAUAUGCAGUGGCUGGGAAAAUGGUAGAUGCAUUUGAUCUAUUGCAAGAGAUGAAGAGGAAGGGUUGUGAACCCAACGCAACAUCAUUUACUGUUGUGAUUCAGGCCCUUUGUGCUCAGGAAAAGAUGGAUGAAGCAAUCCGAAUCUUAAGCGAUAUGGAAAGGAGUGGGUGUGAGGCUGAUGUGGUGACAUAUACUACUAUGAUAAGUGGAUUUUGUAAGUGGGGUAAGAUAAAUAAGGGGUAUGAGCUUUUGGAUGGCAUGAUACAGAAGGGGCUCACUCCUACUCAGACUACGUAUUUGCACAUCAUGUUGGCUCAUGAGAAGAAGGAAGAGCUGGAGGAGUGUAUGCAACUUGUGGAAGAGAUGCAGAAGAUUGGUUUAGUUCCUGACGUCAGCAUUUACAAUACUUUAAUCCGAUUGUCUUGCAAGUUGGGGGAGAUUAAAGAAUGUAUUAGAUUUUGGAAUCAGAUUGAAGUGAAUGGGAUAAGUCCAGGGGUUGACUCUUUUGUCAUUAUGAUAAAUGGCUUAGUGGAGCAAGGGUGUCUGGUGGAAGCAUGUAAUUACUUUAAAGAUAUGAUCUUGAGAGGUCUGCUGUCUGCUCCUCAAUAUGGUACCCUUAAGGAUCUAUUAAAUUCUUUGCUUAGAGCUGAUAAGGUUGAAAUGGCUAAAGAUGUCUGGAGUUGCAUUAUGACUAAAGGAUGUGAACUCAACACAUAUGCGUGGACAAUUUGGAUUCAUGCACUCUUCUCAAAGGGGCAUGUGAAGGAAGCUUGUUCGUACUGUUUGGAUAUGAUGGAUAGUGGCGUGAUGCCUCAGCCAGACACCUUUGCCAAGCUAAUGCGUGGUUUGAGGAAGCUGUACAACAGGCAACUUGCUGCUGAAAUCACAGAGAAGGUGAGGAAAAUGGCUGCUGAGAGACAGAUGACCUUUAAGAUGUAUAAACGGCGUGGUGAAAGAGACUUAAAAGAGAAAGCUAAGGCAAAAAAGGAUGGGAGAAAAAGGCGAGCUCGUCGACGUCGGUGGGGCAAGGCCCAUAAUGAAGCUAGCAUUUAGUGAUAUAAGUUUAAUAAGGGGCAUACUACAGAUUCGAUAUGCUUGAGCUGUAGCAUCAAAUAUCCAAGUGCAAGCAUCGAAAUCAGAGUCCAUGGAAUAGCAUCGUACUGUUCUUUGAUGCAACAAUAGAAUGAGAGGCUCGGCCUAGCUAAUGGCAAAGCCCAAAGUUGCACUCAUAUCAUAUCAAAAUUGGGCUCUACUAGGCAAGUCAUCAAAGUUGGGCUGUAGGCAGGAUCCAGCCACGCCCUUCCCCUGCGGUGGCAUUGUGCAUUUCCUCCCCAUCCUGCAGGCGGGUUCAAGCCUCCUUGGGGGUUCGGCCACUGCCUUUCUCCGCUCCGUGGUGGCAUCAUGGACUUGCUCCUCCACCGAGCUGGUAGAGGGUCGGGAUCGAAGCCUCCUCCGUGGCUAUAGCUUACUUGCCUCCUGCUAUACUCACGACUGUACUUCAGUGGUUGCACGCAUUUCUUCCACCUUUCUCUCCACCCGGUACUACUCCUGGUGAUCGAUCACAAGAGCCCUCCAACUCCUCCGGCUUUGGAGGGUUCUAUUAACAAUUCAACCUUUCUUGAAAGGCAUGCGUAAUCCUUAAAUUGUACUUGCCCACCGAAAAAAGAAAAACAAGCAAAUAAUCAUCACCU